UGACAUGACCUUGGAAUCUCGACAUGGACCGCCGGGCCUGGCGCUGUCCGGGGGCGGCUCUCUUGCUGCUUCCUCUCAUUGUUCUUUCCUGCUUGUUGCUGAGAUGUCGCUCCCAUGGCUCCCCAAUCGUAGCCCACCUCUGCCUUUCUCUCUAAUUUCAUUGACCUCAUUGCACGGCCACACCAUCCCCCGAACGCACCCCUCCUAAACCGUCCAGCCGCCCAGCGAAUUGGUAACUCGACGUUAAAUGUAUGACGCCUGCCAGUCGUUAUCCACCAUCGUUACCUUCGCGCCCCCAAACGUACUCUUUCUAUGCGACAGACACUGGCCCGGUACAUGCAUCCCGCCAGUUCUCCAGCUUCUAGCUCCGGCCCUCGGUCUACUAGCUUUGCCGGUCUCUCUUCACCUGUCCGCUUUUGAUCUCGUUCAGGCGCAUCAUGAGAUCCGCUCGUUUCUGGAACCUCUGCAGCCCUGGUGAUCCCGCAUAUAUGACCCCUGGUCACUGUCCCCCCGUCUCUUUUUUGCUGGAUCUUACAUACGCUCAGGUGGCUACACGAAAUACAUAGCCAUCCUCCAUCACUCGAUCUCGGCGGCACUUCGCCUAACUAUCUCGACUCACCGACGACAAGUCCAUUAUAUACCACGAGAGCAGGAUUGUGCUAGGGGAAAAAAGGUUACUUACGAAACGAACCGGCCGCGAACCCAUACAGACAUCUACCUAAGCUGUGCCAGCACCGAGCUGGUGGAGACGGCUUCAUGUCCUCCGACCAACCCCGAGUCGUCGAGAGCAGACCAUCGGCCCUGACGUCCAACCCGGUACACGAAGCCGAGGACGAAAAGGAUCAUGGCACUGUCGAACGGCCACUGGAGGGCGAACAAAUUCGAGAAGUCAUUCGCCUGAUACAAUGCCGAAAAUGCUCCCACCCUCUGCAAGAGCCAAUUACACUUCCUUGCGGUCGAAGCCUCUGUAAACAAUGCGUCCCAGAAACACACACUCGAGAAAAUAUAUCAUACCCCGCCACGCCAAAUAGAUUACAAGGCUUCGAAUGCCCAUAUGCGGAAUGUGGGAAGAACCAUGCCGUGGGCGAUUGUGGCGUUGAUGUCAUUCUCACCAAGGCAGUCAACAACUUCAAGGCCGAGAUGGAGAAGGCGAAAGAGACGAGCACCAAAGCCGAGAUAUCCACGCAUGUCAUCAUCAACAGUUCAGGUGCUGGGCAGUCAGAUACGACCGACGACAACGGAGAAGUAGCGAGGGUUGUGAAAGGAGGCCCGCUGCUCGCAGUCUAUACGUUGGCAGAUACAGGCGAGUUGGAUUACAACUCAGCCGUCACUUUUGCCGAAGUCUCAUCACUCGGAGAUGAGGCUACGUCAAUCGACUCAAGGACAUUUUCCAAAGUAAAGGAAUCUGUACGCACGGAAAUGGACUGCCAGGUGUGCUAUGCCUUAUUCUACGACCCUCUUACGACAGUUUGCGGCCACACUUUCUGUCGAUCGUGCUUACACCGCGUGUUGGACCAUUCCUCCUACUGUCCGAUAUGUCGACGAGGGUUAUCGGUCAGCCCUCUGCUGUACCGGGAAUCGUGCCCAUCAAACGAGAGUCUGAAAACCAUCAUUCAGACUUUUUGGGCCGAUGCCGUUCUCACAAGAGGCGAUGCUUUGGCGGCGGAAGCAAUGAACAGGCAUCGGGAGUUUGAUAUCCCCAUUUUUGUCUGCACAUUGUCGUUUCCAAUGAUGCCGACCUUUCUCCAUGUCUUUGAGCCGCGCUAUCGCCUGAUGAUACGCCGAGCUUUGGAGGGCGACCGGACUUUCGGCAUGGUGCUACCUCAACGACCCCGGACGGCCAAUGACACACACUUUGUGCAAUACGGAACCCUUUUACGGAUUGUGAACGCCGAGUACUUUGCAGACGGCAGAAGCCUGAUCGAGACAUCUGGCAUAUCACGCUUUAGAAUCACCAGACAUGGCAUAUUGGAUGGAUAUUUGGUGGGGAAGAUUGAACGAAUUGACGACAUAUCGAUCGCGGAGGAAGAAGAUCUAGAGGCAACCGAGACACAACAAGCCCUAGAAAGAUACGAAAGCGCCGCUACACAUCAGAGCGAAGACUCGAGUUUGCCGAGACCACCUACGACUACCCCCGAGGACCUCUCAACAAUGCCAACUAGCGACCUUCUGUCCUUGGGUGUUUCCUUUGUGCAGAGAAUGAGGCAACAAAGCGUGCCGUGGCUGGCACAACGAAUGCUGGCUAUCUAUGGGGAAUGCCCCAACGAUCCGGCACUUUUUCCUUGGUGGUUUGCCAGCAUCCUGCCAGCCAAGGAGUACGAGAAGUACAAACUUUUGGAAACACGAAGCGUCAGAGAGAGACUCAAGAUCUGCUGCGGCUGGAUUUUGGAAUGGGAGUCAAGCAGGUGGUCCCUCUCAGACUGCCGAAUCUUCUGAUGCUGGGGACUAGCUCAGCUACGGGCGCCGAAGGCCUCGCCCAAGAGACAUGAAUUGAAGUUGGCCACGAGGAGGCCGAGGUUUUGGCCUACGAGGGUUUCUUUCCACUGGGAUGUUAGGAUGCGGGGGUGGCCGUUGUCAUAAAAUUCUCGCAUUUGCAUGGCAGCAUUGGGCAUGUACUAGGAAUCCUUCACGGCAUUAUAUUACGACACAAUACAGAUACCAAAUUGGCCUAUGUAGGUAUACUAGAGAACCAUGCCAAACAGAAGUUGAAGAAUGCAA